GAUAGGACCAGGUUGCAGCCCGCGCAUUCCAGUCUGGUAGAGGACUGGUAAGCGAUAUGGUAGCGAGUGGGAAAGGUGUGUCUGUUCUAGCCACCGUGGAAUACAUAUAUCCCAGUAAUUUCCAACAUAUGUGUAAUAAGUUUAUAACUUAAAGGCCGAUAUAGCGCCAAAGGUGUUCCAUUAUUGGGUUGUGUACUAUUCAUGUCACCGUGGAUAUCGUUAAAAACGGCGUGGCGGACAUGGGAGCCCUAAACACAGAGCAGGUCUGCUACUAUAAACUAAAGUGUAUGGUUCUGGACCCAACGAAGAUGCAGAAGUACACGAAAGUGCACGUUGACGAGAGCGAACCAACAGGAGUGGACGAGUCCCCGUUUGAAAAACGUGACGUUCACGUGAAGACGUCAAGAUGGGUGACCCAGGAUUAUGACAUCACAGACCUGCUUCUGGGAAGAGGCAAAUUUGGAGAAGUGAAGAAAUGCCAAGAGAAACGAACGGGGCGCAACCUAGCGGCAAAGUUUAUCGAAAUUGAGGGUCCACAGGAGCGAAAGGAUGUUAUGAAUGAGUUUGACAUCAUGAAAUCUUUACAGCACCCCCGAUUACUACAAGUCUACGACGCCUUCGAGAACAAAAACAAAUUCUGCCUUGUAACCGAACUUAUAUCGGGAGGGGAGCUGUUUGAACGGGUUAUUAACGACGACUUCAUAUUAACGGAGAAAGCCUGUGUCAUGUUUAUGAGGCAAAUUUGUGAAGGAGUGGAAUUUAUGCAUUCGCGAAACGUACUUCAUCUAGAUAUGAAGCCGGAAAAUAUUUUAUGCUUAACAAGAGAGGGAAAUAGAAUUAAAAUAAUAGACUUUGGACUAGCUAGAGCCUACACCCCUAAAGAUGAGCUGCGGAUUCUCUUUGGGACUCCAGAAUUCAUGGCCCCGGAAGUUGUGAACUAUGACCCCGCAUCCCCUGCCACCGACAUGUGGAGUAUCGGCGUUAUAUGUUAUGUCUUGUUGUCUGGGUUAUCGCCCUUUAUGGGAGAGGUGGAAGCAGAAACACUGGUAAAUGUGACAUAUGCAAAGUGGGAUUUUACGGCAGAAGAAUUCGAAAGUAUUUCCAUGGAUGCCAAAGACUUCAUCACCCAUCUUCUAGUUAAAGAUCCAAAGAAACGUCUGUCUUCAAAGGAGUGUAUGGAACAUCGAUGGCUGCGGCGAUCGGUGAAACGAGAAGCAACUGUCGAAAGAUCAUUGUCAACGAAGCGUUUGAGAAAGUUUGUUUUCCGGAGAAAGUGGCAGAAAGCGGUGAAUGCGAUGUUGGCCCUAAAGAGAAUGGGUGUCAAUCUCACCUAGGCACCAACACUCCACGGUGAUUGAAUUGUUUUGUAACAUCAAGCCACGGACAUUUGGAUAUGUGUACUUUCACUCAUUCACAGACCAAGAAGGAUUCCUGUUUUUUCUUGAAUAAAAUACCACUCGUUUGCAAACAUAAUCGGGGUGACGUGAAAGUGACAAUAUCCUAAACGUGGGCAGGAGGUUGAACAUCCUGAUGGUGAAGUCACAAAGUAAUCGACGACGAUGACGUUGUAGUGUGUGUUUCGGCAUGGUUUGAUACAUUCGCUUCAUCCAUUUACCGAGGUAGAACUGUUUAGUUUUGCGAUUGAACAAUCUUCUGAUACCAAUGUAGCUUACAUGAUAUUUCAUUAAUCUCUCGUUACAUUAAAUGGCCAUGAAUACACUACGUCUUUAGUUGUAGGUAUCGUGUUGAGGAGACAUUUUCUCAUGUCAAAUUGUCAUUUAGCGUGUUUCUAAUGUCGAUUUACAUUUAAUUGUACCGAUGACAUACCAUUUCUAUAUUAGACAUGCAUUCUUCCAGACAGGAAAAGCAUGUUUCAAGCAUUCCACAUUCCGUUUGUUUUAUGUUAUUCCGGAAUGUGAUUCUUAACGCAAAGAUCGGCACGUUUCUGUCUUAAACGAAGAAGUGUGUGUCUUAUUAUCUGCAUUUUUAUUUUUAAGAUUACGUUGAUAGAGCUAGGGGAACUUUCAGAUGAAGUUACCAUUAUAUUACCUUGCACGGUCAUCCAGGCAGAUAAAGCUGGCCGUUACAUCCAUACAAUAUUACGAUUCGUAUAUCUGCCAUGUUCUUCCCUACGUACCCUGUCCUAUUCUAAUAAUACAUCAAACAUAUCUCUGUGUGUUCCCUUUACCCAUAUUUUCUGGCGUGAAUAAUGACUAACACUUACUAGUCCUACAAUCCACUAGCCCCAAUAAUUAUCUCCUCUCUCUUGGAUUCCAAAUGUGUCCAAGAAUAUAGCAGAUGUAUGAUCUUGACAUUCGUGAUUUUGUACAAUCGAAAAUAAAAAUUAAAACGGAAAAAAAAAACAUUGGAAAAAAUAAAACAACAUUUCAUAUUUUUUUCAUCCAUAUUUUUAUAAUCAAUAUUCAAAAAUACGUUGAUUCAUUUUAAAUAUCGUACAAAUAAGCUUAACUUUAUGAUUAUAGUUGAAAAAAGCGGGGUUUUCUGAUUGUUCUAUAUAUCUACGUUACUUGUAGAAGAAGUGUCGAAAAUUGAACUCGGUUGAUACAUGUAUAUGUAACUCGUGUACUAGAUUCGCACAAUAUUGACAAGGGGUACGCGAGUUCGUGUCAUAAGUACAUUGUACUGUUUAGGUUGGGUUCCAUAUUGUAAUAUAACAAGUAAAUAUUGGUAAUGUGGAACAUAAUUAAAUAUUUAUGUAUAUUUAUAUGUGUUGUCUGUGUUGUGAUCUUAUUUGUCGGUCAAUAACAAAUUGCUGUAGUUGAUAUACAAAAUUGUUUCAAUUCAUUUAUCUGAUAUAUGCAACAGAUAAAUAGCACUGAGCACAUUUCACUAUUGUAAACAAACUUAUUUUAGCGCGCUCUGAUAUUAUGGCAUUAUCGAAGUUUCAGCAGAUUAGCGCAUUGAUGAAUUUGCGCGCCUACAAUAUAUGCAGUAGAAACCAUAUACAGAAACUUUAAUUAGAGUUAUCAUAAUAUUGUGCAA